AUGGUAGGCAAUGUGGGAAUGGAUGGCAAUGGUGGCAUUGAAGUCGGUAUUUUUGGCAUCGUGGGAAGGGACGGUAUGGAUGGUAUAGUUGUCGGUAUUGGUAGUGUUGGUAUUGUGGGAAGGGACGGUAUGGAUGGCAUAGUUGGGCUGGUGGCUGGAGGAGGAGUGAGGAAAGGAAUGGAAGGAAUCUUGGGGAGAGACGUAGGGAUGCCCGGCACCGGGGGCAAGGCAGUUGGCACGGUUGGCAUGCUUGGAAGUGGCGGCAGAGCAGUAAUGGGCAAUGUUGGCUGGGUGGUGGGCAGCGUCGGCAAUGUGGGCUGA